AUGAGGCCGAUACUUUGGCAAUCAGGCCCUUUCCGAUGGGGCCACACACCUCGAGCCAGGUCCCGCUUCUUGCAGCGCCGCUUCUUUGCAGCAGUUGCGGACGUAGUGAGACCAUACGAUGUUAUCGUCAUCGGCGGUGGUCAUGCAGGAACUGAAGCCAGUGCAGCCGCCGCUCGAUCAGGAGUCCGCACCGCUCUCGUCACUCCCUCCCUCUCCAACUUGGGGGUAUGUUCCUGCAACCCGAGUUUCGGCGGUAUUGGCAAAGGGACCAUGCUUCGCGAAAUCGAUGCUCUAGAUGGAGUCGCGGGCCGAAUCAUUGACAAAGCCGGCAUUCAAUUCCGAGUUUUGAACAAGAAGAAAGGCCCUGCUGUCUGGGGACCACGAGCGCAGAUCGACCGGGACUUGUACAAGAAAUACAUGCGGGAAGAGAUGUUGUCAACACCCAAUUUGAGCAUCCUGGAAGGCAAAGUCGCAGACAUCAUCGUGUCCCAAGACAAUUUGAACCAGGGCGAUCCUGUCUCCAAGGGUCGGAUAACGGGCAUCCGACUCGAGGAUGGCCAGAUCAUUCCCACCUCACAUGUGGUUAUCACAACAGGUACUUUCCUUGGUGGAGAAAUACAUAUUGGGCUCGAAGCAUAUCCAUCGGGCCGGAUAGGUGAAGACGCCACGUUCGGUCUGAGCAAGUCAUUACGAAGUGCAGGAUUUACGUUGGGUCGACUCAAGACUGGGACUCCUCCACGCCUGGACCGAGAUACGGUUGAUCUCAGCCGUCUGGAGAUCCAACCAGGUGACUCGCCGCCAAAUCCCUUUUCAUACCUGAACCGGACCGUGGAGAUUGGGGAAGAUGAUCAGGUGGGUUGCUGGAUGACCUACACUAACGAGGCUUCUCAUGACAUAAUUCGGGCCAAUCUUGACAAGUCCAUUCACAUUCGAGAGACAGUCAAAGGUCCUCGAUACUGUCCCUCGCUUGAAUCCAAGAUCAUUCGAUUUGGACAUAAACCGAAGCACAUAGUUUGGUUAGAGCCUGAAGGACUCCCGCCGAACAAGAUCAUCUAUCCAAAUGGAAUCAGCAUGACAGUCCCGGCUGAUGCGCAGUAUGCCCUGUUGAGGACCAUAAAGGGAUUGGAAAACGUCAAAAUGCUCCAACCGGGAUAUGGGGUGGAGUAUGACUACAUUGACCCUCGAAAUUUGUAUCCCACCCUAGAGACCAAACUUAUCCAAGGCCUCUUCUUGGCUGGUCAAAUCAAUGGGACCACCGGCUACGAGGAAGCGGCAGCUCAAGGAAUCAUCGCCGGUAUCAAUGCCGGUCUGUUGGCACAAGGCAAAGGACCUUUCACCCUCUCUCGCGCCGAGGCUUACAUUGGCAUUCUUAUCGACGAUCUAAUCACCAAAGGCGUCAGUGAACCAUACCGAAUGUUUACCACCAGGAGUGAAUAUCGAGUGAGCUGCCGAUCUGACAAUGCGGACCUGCGCUUGACGGAGAAAGGACGAGAAGCGGGUGUCGUAGGCGACCAACGCUGGGCUCAUUUCACCAGCGCUCGCAAUCAAAUAACAGAACUGCAACGGACCUUGGAAGAUGCACGAUUCUCGAGCCAAGACUGGGUGAAAUUCGGGUUCCUAUCAGCGGCUGACUCGACCAAGCGAAGCGCAUUUGAAAUACUUCGAUUACGGGAAGUGGACGUUGAUACUCUGGCCAGGCGCGUCCCAGGUUUCGCCGCGAUAUCAGAUUAUGAUGACGAGAUCAAGUCACGAGUGCUGAUUGAAAGCAAUUACGCCCCAUAUAUCAUUUUUCAGCAAAGAGCGGCGGCGGCUUUUGAGCGUGACGAAUCCCUGGCACUCCCCGCCGAUAUGGACUACGAUAGCGUGUUCGGGCUGAGCAUGGGUGAGAGAGAGGCGCUGAAACUCGUCAGGCCGGCGAGCGUGGGGAUGGCGAGGAGAGUGGAAGGGGUCACUCCUGCAGGGGCGCUGCGUCUGCUGAAGUAUGCUCGACAAGCUCGCUCGCGGGCCCGAGCGGAUGAUAGGCUCUCGACCGAGGAAUUGCUCGAGGCAGAGAAGGUAGAGGCCGAUGGUGCUAGUGCCUCAAUCACCAGAACGGGCGCAUCACCAUCGCCCAGCCCUGCUGCCCUACAACCAAAGUUGACAACCCUCCUCCCACGCCUCCCUCCCACUGUGCAUGAGAACAUCUAUACUCUCCCCAAUAUCCUGACCUUCACGCGCCUCCUCGCCGCCCCAGCCGUCGGCUAUUUCAUCCUACACUCGGAACCCAUCUGGGCCUUGUCUCUUUUCUUCUACGCCGGCAUCACGGACCUAGUCGACGGCUACCUGGCGCGGCGCCUCCGCUCGCAAACGGUCGUCGGCACCGUCAUCGACCCCAUGGCCGACAAGUUCCUAAUGACCAUCGCCGUCAUCACGCUGACGGCCAACGACACACUUCCUAUCUGGCUCGCGGUGAUCAUCUUGGGCCGCGACAUCGGAUUAGCGAUAUCCGCCAUUUACUUCCGCUGGAUCAGUUUGCCACCACCCAAGACGAUGGCGCGGUACUGGGACUUCAGCCUCCCGAGCGCCGAGGUGCAUCCGACGGAGAUUUCCAAAAUCAAUACCUUCCUACAACUUUUGUUGGUGGGGAAUGCGAUGUUGUUGCCAGUCCUCCCUGACGUGUGGGUGCAGACGUGGAAUCUCCAGGGUGUGUUUGAGGGAUGGAUGUAUCUUGUGGCGGGGACGACAGUGUGGAGUGGACUUAGCUAUGUGGGGAGUAAAGAUGCGGUUAGAAUUUUGACGAAGAAUGAGAUUAAAGCUGAAGAGAAGAUGGGAGGAAGCAAAAGUGAAGAAAGAUAA